CGAUGGCCUGUGGGUCUCCUUUCCCUCUUCUUCAUCUCCCCCAGGAAAACCUAAAAUGUGUUCUACAAAAGAUGAGAAUACUCGAACAAAUUUGUAUCUCCCUACUUUCGAAGAAAACUAUGGAUUCCGCUAGAGAAUUCUGCGGUUUCAAUCGAUUCAGUUUUCAGAUUACAGUUUCUGAUGAAAUAGAGCUGAAGGUUGGUAAUACUGGGAUUUUAAAUAUUAAAUGCACAUUCGAUGAUGGAAGCGUUGUUAUCACCAAUCCAUCUUUCUAUGAUAGUAGAAUAGUUUUUUUUUCGUCACAGUUUAAUUCGAAAAACUGGCUGAAGCAGCUUCUCUAUAUCUUCGACUCUUCAAAAAUCGAUGGCAUGCAAUUUUUCCGUUUCGAUGAGGAAUUCCAAAGAACGCAAUUCCAUGUGCUGAAGGACUCUUUAACCGGGAUGAAAAUUGUGAAUCUUUGCAUACGAUAUGCCAAACAAAUGCUGCGUUCCGCCGAUGUUAUAAACGCGUUCCUCCCAAUCGACAGGCUCACCUUGGAGGAAACCCAACCAUUAAAUUCCUCCCAACUCAUGACGCUGAGCCAAGCUAUGUCGCAGAAUAUAGAAAAAAUUAACUUAUCAAUGGACCUACCGUUGAACAAUCUACUUCUCACAAGUUGCUCAGACAUUGGAAUAUGCAGACAAAUGCUAACGGAUAAGGAAAUCAAUAUGUUCUUGAAACAUUGGAUCUCCGGUUUGAAGCCAGAACUUGAGAAUUUUUGCAUAUGUAGGCAUGGGCCUGCUUUCAAUCGAGACAUUAUUCUCAAAGGAAUACCCUACAACAUCGCCUCCCUCGAUAGGAAAAUCAAGUUUCGAGAUUAUUCACGUGAAGUUCACGCUGGAGGAAUCGAUAUCUAUCUGGGACAAGAAAAUAUAGCAACUCUAGUUUUUUUCGAGUAUGCUUUUACUUUUGAUAUAAAUAUUGCAGCCCUUCAUGUCGUUGUUCAUAAUUCAAAAUACAUUACAUUGGAAUAAUAUUCGUGAUUUUUUUGUGUUACAAUAAAUGUGAU